AACGAAAUUAAAUAACUUUUAUAAUUAUUACACCCACACAAAGUUUUUUUUUAUACAAGAUAUUUAAACAAAAUAUUUUUUAAAAGAUAAUCAAGAGUAAAAGAAAAAGUAAUCAAAUAGCUUAGAAAUGGGAUUAAUUAUAGUUAACAUAUUAAAAACAUUUUGGAGAUGGAGUCAAUUGUAUUUAACAUUAUUAAUUUUAAUAAUUGAAAGAAUAACAAGAUUUUUUGUAACCACUGUUUUUGGAUUCGUACCAUUUAAGUUUUAUUUUGACAAUAUUGGAUUCAGUUCAGGAGUAUCAAAAGAAGCAAGCGAAGAGGAGAAGGAUUUAGAAAGAGAUGCAAUCGAAAUGAUUACAGCAAGAGGUUACCCAGUUGAAGAGCAUUUUGUAACAACACCAGAUGGCUUUAUAUUAGGUCUUCAUAGAAUUACUGGUCCAAAGCAAUUUAACACUCCACCAGAUUCACCACCAACUUCACCAAGAAAGAUUUUUUCAAAAAAAUAUAAUAAUAAUAAUAAUAGUGUUAAAAAUAGACAAUCACAACAACAGCAACAACAAGAGCAAUCUAAAUCAGUUGAAGUUGAUUCUGAAUCAGUAUCAACAACUUCAUCCACAACACCAUCACAACUAUUUAGUUCAAAUAAACCAGUUGUAGUUAUUAUGCAUGGGUUUAUGCAAACAUCAGAGGCAUGGUUAUGUAGAAGUGAUCCAAAAGAUUCAUUACCAUUUAUUUUGGCAGAUGCAGGUUUUGAUGUAUGGCUUGGAAACAAUAGAGGAAACAAAUACUCUUUCAAACACACACAAUAUACACCAAAUCAAGAAGGUUUUUGGAAUUGGUCAUUGGAUGAAUUGGUUCGUUAUGAUUUCCCAAGUAUUGUUAAUUUCAUUUGUGAUCGUACCGGCGCCAAAUCAAUAUCAUAUAUUGGUUUCUCACAAGGUACUGCUCAAGGUUGGGCUGCAUUAUCAACAAACACAGCAGUUGCAAAAAAGAUUAAUUUAUUCAUCGCAUUAGCACCAGUAUCAACUGUUAAAGGUUUCAGUAACCCAAUGAUUGAUAGUUUAGCAAGAAGUCGUCCUGAUUUUAUAUUCCUUUUAUUUGGAAAGAAAUCAAUGUUACCAUCAACAAUUUUCUGGAGAAAUUUCCUUCCAAAAGAUAUCUUUGUUAAAGUUAUAGAUACAUCGGUUCGUUUCCUCUUUGGUUGGCACACAGAAAAUAUCUCUCAAGAUGAAAAGGCUAUGCUCUACUCUCACAUUUUCUCAUAUACCUCAGUUAAAUCAGUUGUUCAUUGGUUCCAAAUCAUUCAAACUAAUCGUUUCCAAAUGUUUGAUGAUAUCCUCUUGGGUAUAACUCCAAAUGAAAACUCUAAAAAGCCUCAUCGUUACCACGGUAGAGUUAUACCUGGAUAUCAUCCAGCCCAAAUAUUAACAAAAUGUGCUCUCUUUUAUGGCGGUUCAGAUAGUUUACCAAAUACAAAAGCUUUAUUAGAUCAUUUACCACGUGACAAAGUUGUUAUGGUCCACGAAGAAGAAAAGUAUGAACAUUUGGAUUUUAUGUGGGGUAAAGAUUCUAAAAAAGUUUUUUCAAAAAUUGUUUCAUUAUUAAAAUCAAACCAAAACGAUAUUUUAUUAUCACCAAAUUUAUCACCAAAAUCAUUAAUAUAAAAAAUAAAAAAAUAAAUAAAAAAUUAAAUUGUAUCAUAAUAAUUAAUUUAU